CAGGAAGUGAGAGGGGAGAGAGAGGAGAGAAGCGGAAGCGGGCAGGAGAGAGAAAUCUGAGUGAGGAUGGCGCAGAGUAGGUUACCGGACAGCCUCACCAGCAUCUGUCUGCAGAACAUCGCAGGGAACAUGCAUAGCGUGUGGCUGACAGAUUACACGGAUAAGUACAUGGAGGAGCACAUGUUCAUGUACAUAGAGGGGCCGUUCAAUCAGCUAGCAGGGAACAUGGUGCAGGAGCUGAUAAAGAUACUAGGAGACUCUCACAAGUUGACCCGAGCCGCCCUCCACCUCCUCCUCCAGCCUCACCUCACCCAGCUCAGCCUGCGACCAUGCGCAGGACUCGUUAACAACACGAUCGCUCAGUUAGUGAGCAUGCGCUGUAAGUCCCUCACAUCUCUGGAUUUGCACUCCUGCCACCGUGUAGGCGCCCCAUCCCUGACUCUGCUGGUUGAACGAUUGCCUCGUCUUGUCAAGCUCUGCCUGUCGGACACUCAGUGUGACGCUCUCGUGCUGUCCGCCGUGGGCUCUCGCUGCCAGAGACUCCGCGAGCUGGACGUGUCCCGCUGCAGGAAGGUGACCCCGUUAUCCCUGCUCAGCCUGGGGUACAACUGUAAAGAGGGCUCUUUCCGCGGCCAGGCCCUGCGGGGGCUUCUGAUACGGGAUGUGAUAUCACAGAAUUGCCCGGAGGAGUGGGUGCAUGCGCUGACCUUCCUGCUGCUGGCCCUACCCAGACUGGAGCUCCUUUCUCACCCUCUCCUCCCCCACGCUCUACGCCUCCUCCAUGGACAAAGGUUCGGCUGCGCAGGAAGGUCGCCCGAUGGCUUCCCUUCACUGGCUGAGGUGGCCCGCGCCCGGACAGCGAAGGAGAGUCUCCAGAACGGUGUCACGGAUUUACCAAGCCACGCCCCCCAGGAGCAGAGGGCGGGACGCAGAGGGAAGGGCGUGGUGGGCUUGGUCCUGCCCCUGAAGAAGCUCGAAGACCUGGAGGAGCCAGACGUGUCCUUGUUGGGGUGUCUGUGCCCAGGGGUGGAAGACGUUACCAUCUCCCUCGGGGGCCAGGCCGGGCCGGUUUGGAGCCUCAUGCAAUGGCCGUCCCUGAGCCGCCUCACGCUGCACUGCCCCGAACACCCCACCAGGAGCCUGGAGGAGCUGUUGCCCCCACUGGGCGGUGUGGCCAGGAGGCUGCGUUUUCUCUCUAUUCAGAACUUGGUGUGGGGUGAGGAGGACUCGCUCUCCACGCUGCUCUCCCUCUGCUCUGAUCUCCACACCUUUCAGGGUCAUCUCGCCCCGAGCCGCCGGACCUGGCCUCAGAACGAGGCAGAACUCCCUCCAUGGGGCGAGGAUACCAUCCCUCUGCCUCGGCUGAAGAUCUUCAGUCUGCUCAUGGAAGAGGGGGAAGCGUGGCCCCCACGCCUCCAGCACAGCCUGGGGGGCUCCUUGGUGUCUGUCCUGCGCGGCAGCCCUGAGCUGGAGAGCCUGUCUCUUGUGGGGGUCUCGUGUAACUUGGAUCUGGUGUUCCAGACCACCUUCGCUCUCGUUUCUCCUCCUCUGUUCCCGAAGCUGAAGGAGGUUUCACUGCGUCGGAGUCUGGUUUCGGCAGCCGGGGCGUCAGCGUUACUGAGACUGAAGGGGUUAAAGGUCCUGGACCUGUCCCACUGCCAGGAUGUCACACGGAGAGACCACCACAGACUUCAAGAAAAAGCCCAAAAGGCCGGUCUCGGCGUUCUGAUAAGCUGGCAGUGAAGUGGUGGGGUGCGCCCCCCAGGGAAGGAAAGGGUUAAACGGAGCACUAAUACAGAAGCAGCACUUUAUACAGAAAGCUUUAUGCAGUAAUUUGACUAAAAUGUCGCAUUUUCAUAGUAAAUUGAUUGUUAAUUAGA